CUUCCUCACUACAAUUCUUUCAUUUUCGCUUACUCUCUUUACAAUUCACUCACACUCAAUUUGUUCUCUAGAUAUUCAUUUAUUACUAUUAAACUAAUUUUCAGAAGAACAAUGCAGAAGAUUAUAGUUUCCCUGGAUUUACACGACAACAGAUGCAAACAGAAGGCUAUGAAAUCAGUCUCUGGACUUUCAGGGGUUGAUUCAGUAUCAAUAGAUGUGAAAGACAAGAAGUUAACAGUAAUUGGAGAUGUUGAUGCAAUCCUAAUUGUGAGCAAACUAAAAAGACACUGUCAUACGACGAUAGUUUCAGUUGGUCCAGCAAAAGAACCAGAAAAGAAGAAAGAAGAACCGAAAACAGAGGCUACUAAUCAAAUAGUUGAUCUUGCUUAUGCUUACAGAGCUUAUAAUCCUCAUAUGAACACGCAUUAUUACCAGAGUGUAGAAGAAAAUCCUAAUGCUUGUGUUAUUUGUUAAAUUUUAUUUUAUUUUUUUGCUUAAUAAUAGGAUAAUCGCAGUUUCUAAAUUGGUUUAAUUGUUGAUUCAAAAUCUUGGGUACACAUCAAAUACACAUGGCAAUGGUAUUCAAGGAC